GAAGUGAGAGAAGCGGGAGAUUGAAAGACGGUAACAAACUUUUUGUUGCGCUGAAGUCACCCCUAAACAUUUGUCAAAAUGAUGAAGAAGGCGCCCAAGUUGAAAUACAUUAUCAAAACGAAAACGAAGACCAACAUAAACGUGAGGCCGACGUCAGAAGCGAUGAUUGAACUCCUGACUCUGCUGUUUCUGAGAAGUCUCGCUGAGGAGGCGAGGGCGAAAGCUUUUGAGGAGAAAUCUGCGACAGUCAGAGCUCAUCAUCUCAGAGCCGUCUCCAAGAAAAUUCUGAAAAAAGCGCGGGGAUGAGGACAGCCAUGUGCGUCAGCAUUAAUUUCAUGAACAUUUUUCAUGAACGAUUGCAGCAGUAUUUUUGCUGUUUUAUGAUGUAUAUGUUUUCUUCUGAAAUGUCCUUUUUUAUUCUAUCUCUUGUGUAUCUCUUCUGUCAUAAAUUUUAUGUUCUUAAUUAAAUUUCUGUGAAUCUUAAAA